AUGACCGGCAGGGAUGCGGAAUCGCCAUCCGGCAGCCGUGGCGCGAAACAAGUGUACGUGGAGAUGAACAGCGCGGCCGGCGCCAUCGAGCGCAUCGUUGAUUCUCCAACAGGACAGCAUAUACAGUUAACACAAGGGCAACGAGAAGCUGCCGCUGCCGCUGUCCAAUUUGGUUCUGCGGGAGAAUCGAAUCAUGGCCAAAUGCGUUUUGAAUUGACGCUCGAUGAAGUUUCUUGCUCUCUUCCUCCCUGUAGCAGCACGUUGGGCCGUUUGCCCAUUGUGUCUUCCUUGUGCCGGGUUGACUGGAGAGCUCUAUUAGGCACAGGCAAACUCAAGCGCUUAGACCCCAAGCCGCUGGAGCCCGUGCUUUACCCAUUGUCUACUGUUUUGCAUUCCGGGUCGCUAGUGGCUAUAAUGGGGCCGAGCGGUUGUGGAAAAACUACAUUGAUGAGCAUUAUAUCUGGGCGUGCUAGUUUGGCUCAUUCUGGCCGUGUGGCUAUAAAUGGAAGGCCUCGCACGAAAGAAUUUGACCGGUUUUCUUCAUAUGUGACGCAAGACGACAUCUACGAUGGCAACGAGAAAGUCAUUGAGUGCCUCCAGUUCUCCUACCGCCUGCGCAAAGCAGUGCCACGAGAGUGGACCCGUGAAGAGAGACGUACCCAAGAGGCAGAAUCUGUACAGCGAAUCCUUGACCUGUUGGGACUUGCCGAGGUGCAACAAAGCAAAGUGGGCAACAGCUUGAAGCGCGGAAUAUCUGGAGGGCAGAAGCGGCGUUUGAGCCUUGGCAUUGGCCUUAUGAGUGAUGCGAAGAUCCUGCUGUGCGACGAACCGACAACUGGCCUCUCCGCUGCAGACGCGCGAUUGGUUGUUCAUGCCCUGCGACGGCUCAGUGUUGAGUGCGGCGUGGCAGUGCUGGCGGUUAUUCAUCAACCAUCCCACUCUAUUAUGCAGUGCUUUGAUCAGCUUUUGUUGCUGAGCCACGAUGGACGCUGCGUCUACAACGGCCGCGUGGAUGCGGCGCUGCAGUACUUCAGUGCCUUGGGGUUUCCAUGUCCCCCACAUCAAAACCCUGCCGACUUUUACCUAGACCUUGUUUCGCAGAACAGCGAACACGCCGAAACGCUGGCGGAUUUCUAUGAUGCUUUGAUGAGGCCCUUAGUCCAAUCGAGAGUCGAGCUCGCCUACGAGUGCCCGCCACCGCCACUAAACAAUAACGUCGAUGGAAUGGAACUGGCUGGUCCAUAUGUCCAGUUCAAAGAGGUGGGGAGGCGCGCAUUUCGCCUGUGGUUGAGGGAUCGUUCAACUCUAAUGGCAAUCAUGGGCGACUCUGUCGUCCAAGGACUGGUGAUUGGGGCGGUGUUUUUCGGUGUUCGAAGCCGUGCAUCCAUGUAUUAUCAGUUAUCAGCCCUUUUCCUGAUGAUUCUGAGCCUCAUGGCCUCGUCCCUAUGGACUGUGCCGCUUUAUGUUCAGCAAAAAGCACAGUAUCGAGUGGAAGUUGAGGAUGGGUACUAUUCGCCCAUCCCUUACAUGUUCGCGACAUCCCUUGUAGCAAAUUUCUUCGUAUUAGUGGGAGAUGCAGUGCUUGUCACUAUAAUGUGGCUUCUAUUUGGGUUCCAGUUCGUUCCCUUGUUGGCAUGCUAUCUAGUUGGAUCGCUUGGAUUCGUCAUAUGCGACGUAGUGACUGCCAUCUGUUCUUUGGCGAGCAAGUCGUUUGCGGAGGCAAAUGCCUCUGCAACCCUCAUGUUCACAUUGUUGAUGUUUGUCAACGGAUUUACAACAAAUCCUAAGACGUUACCUACAGGCAUAGGCUGGAUUGCAUACUUGAGCCCAUUCUUUCUGGUAUUCGAGGCUUUGGCCAUUUGUAUCCUCGAGGCUAACGAGUUUCAGGAAGAUCCCCCAGAAGCCAGCAGGACUCUGCUCAUGCACACGAAGGAAGAAGUCUACCAAACGUUUGGUAUUGCAGGUCGAGCCUACGGAAACACAGGCAGUGCAAUCCAGUGGAUGUUGGUGGUUGACUUCGUGCUCCUCCUGGGUUUGAUGGCUAUUUCGAAGUGCCUUGUUUUUACGUUGCAAGCAACGGUCUUUUUGCCCAAGCGCUACAAAAGCGAGCCAGCCCAGAAGCAGAGGAGCAUCUUGUCGCUGUUAAGAUGUUGGCUACCAAAAUUUCAACGAACAUAA